AUGUCCACAAAGAGAGAGCUGAGUUGUAUUGUAGGGGAGGAGAUCAAGAAGGCCCAUGCGGUAUGUAUCCCAAUCCCAGCACAAGGCCACAUAAAUGCUAUGCUCAAGGUAGCAAAGCUUCUUCAUCACAGUGGCUUCCAUAUCACUUUCGUCAACACCGAAUUCAUUCACAGACGCUUGCUCAACUCAUUAGGCCUUGAUUCUCUAAAGGGUUUAUCUGACUUUCACUUCCAUACCAUCCCUGAUGGUCUCCCACUUCCAGACGACAUUAAUGAUGCUACCCAAGAUAUCCCUGCUUUAUGUGAUUCCAUCAGGAAGACUUGUUUAGUUCCCCUUCGUAACCUCCUCACCAAACUCAACUCCGAUCUCAACAUCCCUCAAGUCACCGGCAUAGUUUCCGAUGGUUGCAUGAGCUUCACUCUUCAAGCUGCUGAGGAACUCGGAAUCCCUCAAGUUUUUUGUUGGACACAUAGUGCUUGUGGCUUCUUUGCCUACAUGAAUUAUCAUCUCCUCAUGGAAAAAGGCCUAAUACCUCUCAAAGAUGAAAGCUACUUGACAAAUGGGUAUCUAGAGACACCCAUUGAGUGCAUUCCAGGAAUGAAGAACAUGCGAUUGAGAGAUCUCCCUACUUCUUCUCGAACUACCGAUCCCAACGACUUGAUGCUCGACUUUAUCAUGGGAGAAGCAGAUAGAUCUCAGAAAGCUGCUGCUGUCAUUUUAAAUACCUUCGAUGCCCUUGAUCAGGACAUCUUAGAUUCACUCUCCACUAUGUUACCUCCUCGUGUUUACACCAUUGGUCCUCUACAAUUGCUGCUGAACCAAUUGCAGAAUGAUGAUGAUGAUUUGAAGUCUAGGAAAGAAGAAUCGGGUCGUCUUGAAUGCCUCAAUUCCAAAGAACCCGGUUCGGUGGUUUACGUGAAUUUCGGUAGUAUCACAGUAAUGACUCAUCAACAACUCACUGAGUUUGCUUGGGGACUCGCUAAUAGUGAGCAAACAUUCUUGUGGAUCAUAAGAUCUAAUCUUGUGGUGAGUGAGUCGACCGUGUUUCCACCCGAGUUCAUGAUUCGAACCAAAGAGAGAGGUAUGUUGGCAGGCUGGUGCCCACAAGAGCAAGUCCUAAGCCACCCAGCCAUCGGUGGGUUUUUAACACAUAGCGGUUGGAACUCUACACUUGAUAGUAUAUGUGGUGGUGUGCCUGUGAUCUGUUGGCCUUUCUUUUCCGAGCAACCAACCAACUGUAGAUAUUCAUGUGUUAAUUGGGGGAUAGGUGAUGAAAUUCAGCAAGACGUGAAGAGGGAAGACGUUGAGAAGCUUGUGAGGGAGUUGAUGGUCGGAGAUAAAGGUAAGGAGAUGAAGAAGAAGGCCAUGGAAUGGAAGAACAAAGCUGGGGCCGCCACUGCUCCUGGUGGCUCCUCCCAUGUCAAUUUUAACAACAUGGUGAAUGACAUUCUUCUCUCCAAACAAUAUUAUUAAAUAAUCAAAACUUUUCUACAUUUCAUG